UACAAAAAUAGCUACUAUUCAAGAUGUCGACCCCUGCUAUCCAAGGUCUCUCGUCUAUGGGCUCGUCUGUCGGUGCAUACUCUAGACAGCAGCUGGCUACUUUGAGAAACAGAUUCUUGACUACAGAGAAGCGCAGGAGGAGGGCACAGCUUAUCUCGACCUCGUUUAGCGUCCACAAGCCGGUCUGGAUUGCUGCAGGGGGCGCCGCUUACACGACGAUGGGCGCGGUCUAUCUGACGCUACGCUACAUGCGUCGCUUGAAAUAAAUCCACCUCCUCCGCGAGCGAGCGAGUGAGCGAGCGUGUCUGGUUACCGCUAUUGGUGCUUUGAAAGCCACGAAAUAGAGGAAGGGACUUGUCCGAGACAGCGAUCUACAUCCUCAUUAUUACCGACCAUUCAUUUCACAUCAUUUCUUUUUUUUUUUUUUUUUUUCCUAUUUUAUUU